AUGCUCCCAAUCUACGUCGCGAUUGAUAAAAAGGUCGAAGAAACUACCGAUCUACGCUACGGUAUCCGCUUGAGGUCUUGGAUGCAAGAGGCAGAAAAGCAUUGGCAGACAACUCACCCACGCCAUGUCUUGUUCAACAGCCUGAACAGACUGAAGCACACAGCACGGAUUACCAACAUCGUCUGCAUCGGACUGGGCACCCUGCAAGUGCCACAUCCAAGGAGGACCAGCCGGGCAGUACAGCAUUUCGUUGCCUCUUCUAUCGCCCAAGCUCUAGAACGGAUUUACGAAGCAGAAGGCUUUCCAGUUGACACACACAUCACAAUCAUUGCGCAAGAUCCCGCUUACAACGAGCUCGACCGGUUGAUACUGUCUGAGCUGCCGGUACCGAUCAAGGUCGUCUCCGAUCCCGAGGGGUUUCUGGCAAUCAACGAAUCUUCGCUUGUAUUCUCCUGCUACCCGACAGUUCCAGUCAAGCAACUCAUCGCAGAUCUCUCAAGCGAGGCACCAGGCGGCAAAGGUCCCGCUGCGCUGUUUCUGGACAGGAACCUCAUUGGCAAAUAUCACGACGUUAUCAACCUCGUCAUAUAUGAUCGGGAACACAAGUUCCGUCACGCUAACCCGCAGACAAGUGAGUAUAUGAGGAUGCUCGAGUCUUAUACACAAGUAUUCGAUGGUGGGCGGCUGUUUGGAGAAGACUUCAGUCUAUACAUGCCCGCUUUUGGCGGAAUGCAUCAUAUACCUGGUUACGAGUAG